AUGAGACUAACAUUGACCGGCGCUGUGUUGGCUGGGACGUUUACCUCUGUGCUAGCCGACGACCUGUCGUACUGCUGCAAUGCAUUAGCAGCCGCAGGUCUUGCUCAGAGCAUCGUCGCUCCUGGCGUACAAACUUAUGAGAGCAGCGUACAGAAGUACUUCAGUCUCGCAGCCGAUCUGAGGCCACAAUGCUUCCUUCAGCCGAGAGAUGCGGCAGAAGUUUCGCUGGCAGUCAAAACUCUUGCCGCCGCAAACAAAACUCAGCCAUGUCAAUUUGCCGUGCGGAGCGGCGGUCAUACGUCUUUUCCGGGAGCUGCAGGUAUUGAGGACGGAGUGACGAUUGAUUUGCAGAAUCUCAACAGCACCAUAUAUCACACAGAGAACAGUACCGCGUCCGUCGGCCCUGGUGCAGAAUGGGGAGAUGUGUAUUCGGCACUCGACAAGCUCGGAGUCAUGGUGGUAGGCGGUCGGUCAACAACGAUUGGUGUUGGUGGCUUGACUCUCGGAGGCGGCAACUCUUAUUACGCUGCGAGGUAUGGUCUCGCCUGCGACAACGUAGCUCGUUUCACUGUGGUCCUCGGAGACGGCAGUAUUGUCACUGCAAGCAAAGAUGAACAUCCAGACUUGUUUCAAGCCCUGAAGGGCAGCAGCAACAAUCUUGGAAUCGUUACUAACUUCGAUCUCAUGGCGUUCGAUAACGGCCAGAAUGGCACAAUCUGGGGCGGUGUGGUUCUUUACCCAGCGCAGAAUGUGUCGGACCAGCAAUUCCAAGCAUUGCAAGUCUUUGGAGACAACAUUUCAAACGACCCCUAUGGAUCUGUCAUUGUGAUCAGUACGUUCCUCAGCGACACAAAGACGCCGAUGUUCAUGAAUGCGUACGACUACACCAAGCCAGGGGCCACUCGAUCGGAUGCAGAGCCAACCUUCAAAGACUUAUGGUUAAUCACAGGUAACUUGUCAGACUCAACUGGACCGAGGAAUAUGACCUCACUGGCGUAUGAGUUUGAAGGGCCCAAGGAUCAUCGAGUAUCUUUCAGCACUUUGACGUUCAAAAACGACAUCCGGGUGAUGAAGAAGGCUCACGAGGCAUUUCUGAAAGUGACAGAGACUCUCACCGCAGAUGCAAAGGGGGACUACGGCUUUUACUGCCUGUAUCAGCCAAUUCCAACCCUUUUUGCGAAGCAUGGCUUGGACAAGGGAGGCAAUGUUUUGGGUCUGGAUCGCUUCAACGAGACUUUGAUCUUGUGGGAGGCCUAUCUGAAAUGGCAAGGCCAAGAGCAAGACGAGCUAUUUCAGGCACAGGCGACCUUCUUACGAAAUGAGAUCUCUGAGUACACCAAGUCGAUCGCCUCUGACAACCCUUGGCUUUACCUGAACUACGCCGAUGCUGCACAAAAUCCACUGGAAGGCUACGGCGAAGCCAACGUGAACAAGAUCCGAGCAGCCUCGAAGAAGUAUGAUCCCAACGGUGUCUUCCAGUACAUGGUCCCUGGUGGCUUCAAAAUCUCCGCUGUCAAGGAAGAGAGCGUGGACGCAGGGAAGAGCCAUGCAGGGGCAAUUGCUGGAGGUGUAAUCGGAGGUUUAGCUGCUAUUGUACUCGCAGUGGUUGCCGGCUUCAUCUGGCAUCGCAAGCGAUACACUAUCACUGAGCCUGAGCCAAGGCCAGUACCGCUGAUCGCAGAUUCGCCACCUUCGGAGAAGACGGGAAAGGAGAGUGACUCUACGUAG